GAUUGAAGUGACAACACCAACCAAAAGAGAAGAGAGUUAGUCUAGCCACUAGCUAGUAGUUGUUGAGCGACCAUGACAAGAAGAUUAUCCCAAGUGUCUAUAUCCUUGGUCCUGGCUUUUGCCUCGACUGUGUCUGGAUUUUCUUCCCUUCAGCCACUUUCACCAUUACAAGCAGCAAAAGGAGACCGUUGGUCGUCUCGCGUCUUUUUGUCCAACAAGAUUAAAGAGGAUAGCAGUAGCAGCAGUGGCAGUGGUACUCAGGCAGUGUUAGAUGAAGCCAGUGAUGCAUUGGCCAAUGUGGGUUGGGCGCCUCCUCGCGAAGAUGGGGAAAUGACGUCGGACGAUCCGUUUGUCCAAGAAAUUGAUGCCGGCAUUCAACGUGAUUUCGGUGUGGGCUUGGACGAAUUGCUCAAUCCCGCCAAAGUGGUCAAUUUGGAACGAGAUCUCUACAAUCUGCGCUUGGAGUUGGCCGAACUGACGGGUGUCACACUCGAAGAAACUGUGCAGUUGACGACAGAACAAUGCGACGGUGGUGGUGGAGGAGAAACGGCGGACGAACUUCGAGCCAAUAUUGAAAAGAAGGAAACGAGUUUGGUGAUUGAACGACGAUCUGUAUUCCGAGGAUGGCUCAAAAAUGUAUUCUUGGUGCAGGCUGUCUUGAGUUUUGCACUCUCGUGGGUCAUGGCCACAAAUCCAGAAGCACUCUUUGGACAGUUUGGAUGGUUCCAAACUUACAACAUGGACAUUUCCAUCAAGGUCCUGGGAUACUGGUGGUGGUGGCUUUUUGUGGUCCCUUCCUUGCGGUCCAGAAGACCCACUGGAACUGAGAAAAAGGCUCUCGAUAUUGCAUUUUUGGGAACUCCCAUCAUUUCACUCAUUGCACCCGUUGCCACCAAAGACACGGCCAUUAUUUGGGCUGCCAACUUGGCGGUCGUACUCGGCAGUUAUGCCUUUGCCUUUGCUACGGAUGGGGAUGAAGAUGAUGAUGCUGGUGCUGGUGAUGACAGCAAAACCCCAGAGUGGCUCAAGUUUGUCUACAAGUCUCUCGACUUUGGAAGUGGACGUGAACGUGGGGCGCGAAAUUAGCCAGGCUAGGCAACACAUUACAACACGA